AUGAAGGUCCUCUUUGCAGCAGCCAGUCUAUUGGCCCUUGAUUCUGCCUAUGGCUUCACUGGCUUCAAUUCGCAAUCACGCAAAACUGCUUUGAAUAUCAUGGUGGAAGGACGUAAUGUUGAAGGAGCAACUGAAGUCAAGGCAGCGGGCAAUUUCCUUCUCGUGAAAGUAGCAAAUGCCAUUGAGGAGUCUCAGGGAGGUAUACUUCUUGCCGGCAAAUCAAAAAUCCAAAAGACAGAGGGCACAGUGGUAUCGGUUGGUCCAGGCAAGACGCACCCUGAAACAGGAGAGCCUUUCGAAAUCCCAAUCCAACUUGGUGAAGGCGUUGUAUACGGCCGAUACGAUGGCACUGAAAUUGAGAUCGAAGGAACCAAGCACUCGUUGAUUCGGGAUGACGAUAUUCUUGUAAAGUUCAGUGGGCCAGACCUGACUCUCGAGUCCUGUGAUGUUAUCAGAGAUUCCGUUCUUGUUUAUGUUGAACAAAAGGAGACAGAAACGGAGGGUGGUCUUCUGCUUACUAAAUCUUCCAGCAGUGAGAGCAAACCAUCGACGGGUAAAGUAGUGAAGGUUGGGCCUGGAGUCUUUGACAACAUGGCAGUAUCAGAAGGUGAUUACAUCAAGUUCAGAGAUUUUAUGGGUAAUGAAGUGGAACUUGAUGGUGAAGAGUAUUCGGUGGUAAGGAUGGCAGACAUUCUUGCAAGGUUUUAA